ACAUUACUUUUGUGAGAAAGGUGCGAGAUUUCCUUUGAAAAACUCAACAACGGUAGUAGCGGUUGUUGACGAAGCUGUCUCUCACGCAAGACGGCUCAGCUUAAUUCCCCACAAUUUUUUGUUUGGCUCAGGAUCAACCGCGACGCCGAACUCCUAUCUAACGUGUUGUGUACCGAAAGUCCGAGUUCUUGUCGUUGCGUUUAUCGAAUCAAUCUCUGGUCAAACUAGAUUGUUCUAAAAGUCACUUUAACCAGAAGUCCUGCUCAUAUUGGGAUAAAAUAUAAUUGUUUAUCGAAAACUACUGUCCAUUAAGGAGUGAUUGACGUUGUAAUAUCCACAUGGAAUGUGAUAUGACGUUUCAUCAGCUGUUGUCUUCGUGUGGCCUGUUAACACGGUCCUUUCGCGAUUCGUUCAGACCUAUACAGCUUUAGGUCUGAAGUCUUAGGACAUGCAGAACUCACACGAUUCCGAACGUGACGAACUGUUUCAAAAUCUUUCUUCUGCAGUUCAAGAGAUUCAAGGGCAUGUUGCACAAGGAUACAGUGUGAUAUGGAAUUGCAGUGCAGUAGACAAAUUUUGUUUGUGUAUGGAGGACAUCUUCAAUCACGGACUAAAGGAAGGGCUGCUGGGCUGGGCCUCUUAUAGCCAAGUUUCCUUUUGGUCACUGGCAAACAACAUUACUUGUAAAAAAGAUAUUGAGGACAUCAAACGACUACAACUGAAACGUGAACCGGAGAAAUGUUUGGCUUGGAUAAGACAAGGACUGAAGGAAAACACACUUAGCAGCUACAUAAAUGUUAUUACACAGGACGAAAAGCUCCUUAGAGAAUUCUACCACUCUCAUGCAUUUUUCUGUGAUCAAGAGAAGGCAGAAAAAGUCAGAGACCUGAUCACAUAUGGCAUAUCACAUCUGGAUUUUGACAUCUCUUUGACAAGCAGUUCCAGGAGGCUUGUGGCAAGGGAGGAUAACCCAGCUAUGAUUGCUGCAGAUGCAAUGAUAACUCAUCUUCCUGAAAGAUCAAGUGUUGUGAAUGGUUAUGGAUCUCCUUCAAACAGUUGGAAUGGACAUGAACAUGGUGCUAACUUGCAGGGUCAAGGAAGUAGUAGUUAUAAAUUUGAGCAAACUGGAAAGAAAAGAAAAAAGAAGAAAAAGGCUGAAGUAGCAAUGAUAGCAGAAAGUACUGAUACAGAGGAAACUCAUUACAUUGAUAAAGUGACUGAAAUGCACAAGGAAUUAGAUUUACAGGAUUCUAACCAAAAGUUUGAAACAUUUGAGAAUGAAAAUGGGAUUAGAGAAACUUCUGAAAAUAGUAAACUUGUUGACGACAUUCCAACCAGUGCUUUGGAUGCAGAAGACACUAGUUCUGAUAUUUCUUUAACUAUGGAGUUACCAGUGUCAGAAAUUGUUUCUGAAAAUUUUCAGGAGCCUUCAAGAACUAUUCAUCAGUUGGAAGUUGCCUUAUCAAAUUCUUUUACAAGUGAAGAAAUGACUACCAAUGAAAUUUCUAUACUUGAAGAGAAAGUUUGUUUGGAUAAGGAUGUUGUCAACAAUACUGAAGAAAGAAGUGAAGGAAAGGAAUUUAUGGGAAUGAAAACAGAAGAGAAAAGAGAACUAGAUGAAAAUUGUACUUCUGAUCUUAAUGUAUCAAAUGAUAUGUCUUGUUUAGCAGAAGGAAACUGUGAGGCAGAGACACAUUUAGUCCCCUUACCAGGGGUGGAAAAUAGAUUGUCAUCUCAAAAUCCUUUUGAAGAUUCAGGUGAUGAUGAAACUGAAGCUGUUGAUGGAGUGACAGAGGAAGAUGAUAAUCCUUCUGAGAGUGAGACUCUAGAACAUUAUGCUUCCCUGGCAACUUUUGAGUGUGGCACUCCAAAGCCGGUGGAAAGCAUUUGGCAAAUUGAAAAAGAAAGAGGUUUAUCCAAUGCAAGUUAUGAAGGAGAAGACUUAAACAUUAUACCUGGAAUCCACAAAAAUUCAAUGAGUGGAAGUUCAGGAAGUUUCAAUGGAUCAGGUUCAUUUUCACAAAGAAGCAGCAGAAACAACACCAUGGAUUCAAUUCCUGGGAGCUCAACAUUCGAAAGCUCAGUGGCUUCAGGCUCAUGGCCAAACAGAAGUGGCUCUUUCAACCGCAAUAGCUCUAAAGCAGAUGUAGGUUUCUGUGUUGGAUCCCCUGGCAGUGAGUUCAGUGAAUAUGAAAUGUUUGAUGAGUUACUGGGACUAGAGGAAGACCAUUUCUCUCCACCAGAGUCCUUCAUGGGCUUUUCCACCUCAGAAGAGCUUAACCAUGCAAUAUCUGCUUGUAAAGACCGGAUAAACACAGCACAUGAAGAUACAGAGGAAAAAAACAAGCUUGUCACCAAACUUGUUCAGCUGAGGCUCAAACUGCAGGAAACACAGGAUUCAAAAACAGAGAGUAACACCAACGCCAAGAAAAUCCUGAGUCAUCUUUUCGUUAAGGAAGAUGACCCAGGAAAAAAGUAUAACUGUGAUAAAUGUGGUAAAGCAAUCUGGAUGUGGCAGUCUCUUUUCACCUGUAAAGCUUGUAAUUAUCACUCUCACAGACGUUGCCUGGAGCUCAUUCGCCGACCAUGUGCCAGUCGCAAGGUGUCAGUCAGCAUGUACAAUUUGAAAAUUUGUCCGGAAACAGGAAUGGCAUCACAGCAAUAUAAGUGUGCAGAGUGCAGGAAACAGAUUGGACUAACAAGAGGUGAACGAUCUGAAGCGCGCCUUUGUGAUUAUUCUGGUCAAUAUUUUUGCGAAGAGUGUCAUUGGAAUGAUAUGGUGGUCAUUCCUGCUCGAGUGGUUCAUAACUGGGACUUCUCUACCUACAAGGUUUCAAGACAGUGGAAACAGUUCUUGGACCUUAUGCUGACAAGACCUUUGUUAAAGAUUGAAAAACUAAAUCCGGCGUUGUUUAAAUUUGUGGUGGAAUUGAGAGAAAUUAAGCGUUUGAGAGAAGAGAUUCUUAUCAUGAAGAAGUACUUUGUUACGUGUCGUGAGGCGCUGGAAAGAAAGUUGUUGUUGCAGCUGAAGGAUAAACAGCACUUUGUGGACAGUGACAACAUUUACUCUCUCCAAGAUCUCAUUGAUAUAAACUCCGGUUCUCUUUUGGCUUUCCUGACAAAGACUCACUCUCUCUUUCUCACACACAUCAAGACGGAAUGUCAGCUCUGUGAAGCCAAGGGUUUCAUGUGCGAAAUUUGUGGAAAAGAUGAAGUCAUUUUUGCCUUCGACCCACAUGCCGCACAAUGUAAUGAGUGCCGAGCUGUAUUUCACAAGAUCUGUUUCAAAGGUGGUGUGUGUCCCAAGUGUGAACGGAGACAGAAGAAGUCUUCGAGAAGCUAAUCACGAAAGAACACCAUAAACGAUUAGUAUCCCUGAACCUGGAGGGUUACAGAGAAUUACUGUCGCUAACGAUUAGCGUUAGUGACGGAAAUCGUAAGCGGCGGAGGGUUCAGGUUUGCAAUUUGUGCCUAGGCAACAAGAUUGGUAACCUUAGUAACAAUAUUGCAAACUUUCCAGUGUACCGUGCAAGUGUGUUCUGGUUUGGAAUACUUCAUGUACAUGAUCUAACCAUUUACGUUUGAAACGACAAGUUCUUUUGCUGUGAUAUUUGAAGCCACAACUUUUCUAACUUUUUUGUUUUUGGAUGAAAUAUUAACACUUUUUCUGCAGAUGAAAAUCGAAAAUUUUUUGCUUUGAAAGUGACCGGUAACAGUACUUAUCUAAAUCGCGGAAAAGGUCGCUUUGCACUUCAUAAGAGGCUGGAAAGUGCUUUUGAUCAACAUUGUGUAUUGUGGUUAAAAGGUUAACCAUUAUUGGUCCAUUUUGUAUUAUUUGUUGGUGUGUUGCAUCAUUGUAGAGAAGAUACAACAAAUUUUUUCUUUCUUUUUUCCCUUUUUGCAGCUGUUAAAAAAAGGAGACCUCUAAAGGUUUUAAUUCCAAAAAUUAACUUAUGAGCUUUAAAAGAGCGAUUUUUGACAUUGUCUUCACGAAAGCAUUUUGUUUUUUUCAUGACACUCAUGUACAUGCUGUUUCUCAAAGCGCAACUGACUCAGUAAUGAUAAAAUUGUUUAGUUUUUAUGAA